CCAAAACCACCCAAUUGAAGAGCAACACAAUGGCGACUCUUCUUCCUCCCCCGACCAAGCGUCAGAAGACGGAGGCGGCCGAGAGGGCCCGUCAGCAGCAGGAGAUCCAGAGUAUCCCCGAGAACCUGGGCAGUGUUCGUGUGCAGUUCUUUGACCAGGCAACGGGAUCCGCGACCGGGCCGGCAGUGUCCGUUCCUGUGGCCGAUGCCAGUGUCAAGAACCUCGAGACUCUGCUGAAUACGUUACAAGGCAAUGAAGAAGAUGAGCGAGUACCAUAUCGGUUCACAUACCAGUCCGACGGCAAAGACAAAGAUAACCAGACAAUCGACAUCCUAUCCGACCUGUACCACUCCCUCCUGAAGCCUGGUCUGAAGACGACCGAAGAUACCGUCCACCUCUACUUCACCCCACAGGCUGUUUUCCGCGUUAAGGCCGUCUCGCGAUGCUCUGCCUCCAUCGCCGGACACGGCGAGGCCAUUCUUGCGACCAGCUUCUCCCCCGUCAACUCUUCUACAAUGGUCACCGGCAGCGGUGAUUCUACCGCCCGCGUCUGGGACUGCAACACCGGAACUCCCCUGCACACCCUGAAAGGACAUACCAGCUGGGUGCUGGCUGUCAGCUUCUCGCCUAACGGCGCUAUGAUCGCGACCGGAAGCAUGGACAACACUGUGCGUGUCUGGGAUGCGAAGAAGGGAACGCCGCUGGGAGCACCCAUGAAGGGACAUGCCAAAUGGAUCACCAGUCUGGCCUGGGAGCCGUAUCACCUCCAACAGCCCGGCAGGCCGCGUCUGGCCUCCGCAUCCAAGGACUCGACAGUUCGCAUAUGGGACGUGGUUUCGAAACGGAUCGACAUUGUCCUUACCGGUCACAAGGGCUCAGUGACCUGCGUUCGCUGGGGUGGAACCGGAAACAUCUACACUUCUUCUCACGAUAAGACCAUCAAGGUGUGGAACGCUCAGAACGGCACCCUGGUCCAGACCCUCUCGGCACACGUCCACCGAGUGAACCACCUGGCCCUGUCGACCGACUUCGUUCUCCGGACUGCGUACCACGAUCACACCGGCCAGGUUCCGCAGGCGGAUUCCGAGAAAGUGGCCGUGGCCAAGAAGCGGUUUGAGCAGGCCGCCACCAUCAACAACAAGAUCGUCGAGAAGCUCGUGUCUGCGAGUGACGACUUCACCAUGUACCUGUGGGAACCGGGUAACUCCAGCAAGCCGAUUUCCCGAAUGCUGGGCCACCAGAAGGAAGUCAACCAUGUUACGUUCUCGCCGGACAUGGCCUACAUCGCAUCCGCGGGAUUCGAUAACCACGUCAAGCUGUGGAACGCCCGUGACGGAAAGUUCAUCACCACACUCCGAGGCCACGUCGGCGCCGUCUACCAAUGCUGCUUCUCCGCCGACUCACGACUCCUAGUGUCCUCAUCCAAGGACACCACCCUGAAGGUCUGGAACGUACGGACGGGCAAACUGUCCGAAGAUCUGCCCGGACACAAGGACGAGGUAUUUGCCGUGGACUGGAGUCCGGAUGGACAAAAGGUGGCCAGUGGAGGCAAGGACAAGGCGGUGCGGAUAUGGAGACACUAAUAAUAUCUAAACUACCCUACACUAUACUACACAUAUGAUACUGUUAUGAACCAACCCUGCCACCACCACGAUACUCACGACCUAUCCAAUACCUUCC